AUCACAACAGAAAUUCAAUAGCAUAAUUAACAAAAAUUAUUUGAAAAAAUAAUAUUUAGAAUAACGUUGUAUAAUAGUUUAUUUGGAAAUAUUUCGUGGUAUCUUCAUUGGCGUAUAAAUAAUUCCUAACCAUUAUGAGAGUAAACCAAUACAAAUAUUUUAUUUUUAUAUAGAGAAUUCUUGAACUUUAAUUGCUAUAAGUGUUUUCAUUAUCAUUAUAUUUUUUAUUUUUAAUAAAUUAAUUUCUGUAUAAAACUAUCUUAGACGCCUCUGUCCUUGAAUUUAGUGAAAAAGAACAAUAGAUUCUUGUAUAGUAUUUUACAGAACUUUGACCACAAAAUGUUAAACAGAAGCACUUUUGUUUAAAUACCGGCUGACGGUGGCAAAGAUUAUCAUUUCAGUAUUAUUUGUGAUAUAGCGAAUCUCUGGAUAUUUAGUUUUUUCUUAGUAUAGUGUUAUGAAAUAUUUCAAUGCAGAGAGUUUAAAUACUUUACUAUGGGUUCACUCAAUAUAUUGUUACUGGUGUCGUCAUUCAUUUCUCUAGGUAUUUGUGAUCCAAAUCCACCGACUCCUGUUUGGAAGAAAACGUAUUCUGUGAAAGGGGUCUUAAAUAUUCCAUAUGCGGAGAUACAAGAACCAUUCUCUUGUUGGUAUGAUGAACCAAGCAAACAAUCUCGAAUCGAUUAUUAUGGGGACAUGGUACAAACUUAUCAAUUGGGUGGUACAGGAUAUGGAACCAGUUUAAAAGUAGCACCUAUUACAACAGAAACAGAAGAAAAUGUAAGGACUUGUCUACAAGUUAAUGGAACAAGUGAAAACAGAAUUACCCCUCAAUCUGUUUUACCAGACUUAACAGAUUUCAAAAAAGAAGGUACUGAAGUAGUAAAUGGGUUCGAAACUGAAAAAUGGGUACUGGUUGAAGUCAUUGGGCAUAAAAUAAAUAAAUACUCCAUGUGGAUUAAAUCAGGAGAAGUACCAGUAAGAUAUGAAAUGAAAGGAUUCAACUCUUUGUUAGGCAGCCAUUAUGAUCACUAUUAUUUAGACUAUGUUUUCUAUGACACUUCAGAUAUUCCAGAAGACACGUUCAGAGUAGCAACUGAUAUGGUAUGUAGUUCUUUCCCUGGACCAGGUGAUAAACAUAUUUACACAUUCAAUCCCAUUGCUGAAUUUAUUAAACCAGAAUAUACAGGACAUCUUGAUUUUGAGUUUAAAAAAUUUAUUCAUAAACAUAGACGACAAUAUGCAGAUGAAAAAGAGCACACCAUGCGGAAAUCAAUAUUUACACAGAAUAUUAGAUUCAUAUAUUCAGUUAAUAGACAAAAUAAAGGUUAUACUUUAACUGUAAAUCACCUCGCUGAUAAAUCACCACAGGAACUGAAAGCUCUCCGUGGCAAGAAGUAUUCAGGAGUUUACAAUGGUGGAAAACCUUUUCCAUAUAAUGUCACUAAAAAAGAUGAUAUACCCCAGCAAUUUGAUUGGAGAAUAUUUGGUGCAGUUACUCCCGUUAAAGAUCAAUCUGUUUGUGGUUCAUGCUGGUCAUUUGGAACAGUUGGAGCAAUAGAGGGAGCAUACUUUUUGAAGAAUGGAAAUCUUGUUAGACUGUCUCAACAGGCACUUAUAGAUUGUUCUUGGGGGUAUGGUAAUAAUGGAUGUGAUGGAGGUGAAGAUUUUAGAGCUUAUCAAUGGAUACUUAAACAUGGAGGUUUACCAACUGAAGAGGACUAUGGUCCAUAUUUAGGACAGGAUGGAUAUUGUCAUGCCACCUCUUUACCUAAAGUAGCAAAAAUUACAGGUUGGGUAAAUAUAACUUCAGGGGAUGAAAAUGCUUUGCGCUUGGCUUUAUACCGACACGGACCCAUUAGUGUUGCAAUUGACGCAAGUCAUAGAACUUUCAGCUUUUACUCUAACGGCAUAUAUUAUGAUGCCUCCUGUGGUAACACAGAAGAAGAUUUGGAUCAUGCUGUGCUUGCAGUUGGGUACGGAAGUAUCAAGGGACAAAACUAUUGGUUGAUUAAAAACAGUUGGUCAACUUAUUGGGGAAAUGACGGCUACAUCUUGAUGUCAUCAAAAGAUAACAAUUGUGGUGUGAUGACAACUCCAACUUAUGUAACUAUGUGAAAAUAACAAAUUUCCUUUUAAAGUUAGAUAUUUUAGUUUGAAGUUUCUCUCUACUUUAGUAAAAUUAAGUUGUAAUAAAAAAUCUACUGAAUAUUGUUCCAAGAAUUAUCUUGCACAUAAUACUAAUUUUGUUUCCAAUGAUUGGUGUUAUAAAUUAAUAAAAUUAAUGAAUGUU